CAGAACUGCGUAUGUAAAUUUUGUUUGCGAAUUAUGACAGCCUAGCCUUAUUUGUGAAAAAAUGGAAAGUGAAAAUCAAAACGAAGAACCGAUGACAAGGGAGGAAUACAUUGAAAAGUUGACAAAGUGGCUGGAAGACGCCAGAUUAUGGCAUGGAUUUUGUUCCGGAUUUCCUUAUUACACACAAUUACAGAACCAAACCGUUGACAGCAACAACUUUAAUCAGUUUAGCUGGCCAAAUGUUAAUAAUGGACUGCAUGAGAGGGUUAAUCACAGGGUUAAUCAGCCUGGAAACAAUGCAAGAAUACCUCUGCAAGAACCAGUAUUUAGCAAUGGUUUGACUGAAUAUGUGAUUCCCCCUCUAUGGAAGAGAUUAGUGGCUGAAUUCUUGGAUUUUAUGAUACUGCUUAUAAUUAAAUUAACUUUAUCUUUGAUCGUUUUGGAGACAUUUAAUGUUAUGAGUUUGAAAUAUUAUGGGAUAGAUACAUUCCAAAAAAACUUGAAGAACCCUGAAAUAGCAAUGCAAAUAUAUGUGGAAUUGUUUAUGUUGGAGGUUUUUCAUAAAAUGAUUGUAUGUUUAUAUGAGGCCUAUUUUUUAAAAGGCGGUAUGUGCUCAACUCCAGGUAAAAGGUAUAUGGGCUUAAUUGUAAUAUAUGUUGAAAACAUUAAUGUUGCCAAUGGUCAUGUGGAUGAUAAGGUGGUAACAGUGUCAACAAGCAGUCCACUGGGUAUAAAAAAGUCCCUUAUUCGGUCUGUGCUUAAAAAUUUAUUUAUUGGCCUUCUGGUGCCUGUUUGUUCCCUAUACAUAUUCCGCUUUAACCGGAUAGGUUACGAUAUGAUGGCUAAUUCUUUGGUUGUCGAGUACAAUCCAAAUCCAAAUCGACAAAACUAGAUGUAUUUCAUUAUUGCCAAAUAUGUAUGUGAUAUUAAAUGUUGCAUCUUAUAUAGGGACCAACAAAUGGAUUAUUUACUUUACUGGGAUGUACAUAUGUGGUAAUUUUAUAUAAGAUGAUGUA